AUGCUUUCUUUGUCUUUGUCACCAAUUCCACCUGACAGUGUUCACAAAUUGCGACCAGGAGACAUUGAUGUAAUCGGCGGAUUGGGUGAUUCUUUAGUUGCGGCCAGUGGUGCAUUAGAAGAAUUUGCUAUCGGCACAUUUAUUGAAGCUCGAGGUGCAAAAUUAAAUGUCGCCUUUCCGGUAGCAGCUACAGAGGACGCUUUGCACCAAGCGAAGAUUCUUAUAAAAAGGAUAAAAAGUAAUAGUAAAAUAGACAUUAAGAAGCACUGGAAGCUUGUUACAAUAUUUUUCGGAGCCAAUGAUAUC